AAGAGUGUGUGGCCCUCUCUUCUCUUUCCGCGAGGUUUGGUAACACAAACCAUUACCAAACUCGUAGAAAAUUAUCACCCAUCAGCCAUUCAUCUCCAUUUCUGUCCCUUGUAAACUCUCCUAAACAUGGAGCUCCGGUCUCCUGUGGGCGCUAAGAACCUAUGGAACUUAUUGAGGCUGGCCUUUGUCAUGAUGAGGAAGGGCCUCAUAGCUAAGAGGAAGCUCAUCAUGGACACGAAGCUCAUCAUGGAGAGAGGAAAAGUCCUCGGGAAAUCCCUGGGGAACAUUAUGUUUCACCACCACUCAAGGAGUCCAUUGCCACGAGGCCCCAACUUUGGCAUGCAUGCGUACGAGUUCUCAUGCAGUAACAGCCCCAACCCAAUCUUCUUUGGCAUGAGUUCGAAGCGUAGACACAAUCUCUUCUCUUGCAUCCAUGCCAGUGUUGUCGAGGAGCCUGACGAGAUGCCAGGGACUGUCAUCGUUCCCCCCAGGCUCGAGUGCUCGCCACUGUGUGCCUACAGUCCCAACGUUCUAGCCAUUGGCGAGCAGCGGAGCCAAAUGCCGUCACCUUUUUCGGUUGGGGUCUCAAACUAUUCAUCAGAGGAUGAAGGUGAUGGGUUUGGAUGGGAGGUGGACGACAAGGCCGAGGAGUUCAUCAAGAGGUUCUACGAGCAACUGAGGGCUCAAAGCUGCAUCCCUAUGCUGCAGUACGAAGAGAAGUAGUGCCAAGAGAAGCUUGCUUCAGGAACUUAAUUUAGUCAAGAAAUACAAAUUAACGUUCUACGUGCAUGCAUGAAAACGUUAUUAGUAUAGUUCAUUAGAUCUAUGAAUUUAUCUAUUAUGUUAAAUUUAUUCGCUCAUUUCAAUUUCAUGGAAGAGAUGUCUCGAUAUGUUUAUGAUCAAAUAAAGUUCGAGUCUUGUUUUAGGUAUUGGAAGCACUGAAUGGCUAAUAGGUUUCUUGUUUCAGGGUUUGCUUUUGCUUUUUGCCUUUUCUUUUCUUUUGAACCAGCUUUGCC